AUGGCUCUCCGCACUCCCUUUCUCGACAUCGACGAAGCUCGCUCGCAGUUUGAGCGAGGCAAGCCAUCCGUCGAUGGCGCCCUUCAAUUCCUCAAAAAUAACGUGAAGACCUGGCAACAUUCGACGUUUGCGAUCGAUGCCCGGGUGAAGUGGCUGGAGCAAAACCGGCCGACGACUUUGGCCACGUUUAAAAGCUGUUUCGAGGAUAGAGAUGCCCUGGAUGCCGCGAUGGCGUCUGCCGAAAGGCAGCGUCACGAAUACGAGAGCCGGGUUGCGUCUGUCGGCAGCAAGUGGCCGGAUUGGAAUUGGACUCUCCCCCAUAAUCGCACACCGCCGUCCUGGAGCAUUGGGCUCCUCAAGAAGAUGGUGACUCUGUCGAGCAUCACAGACCGGCACGAGGAUGCGCUGGAAGUUGUCGCAGCGGAGGUAACUCGCCGCUUGCGAAGGAGAUCCGUCGGCAGUGUGAAAGUCCGCUGGGCCAUGGCCUCCGACGUUGUCAGAGCCAUCAAGAUCGUCAAGUCCUGGCGUGCUCGUUCGGAAAGCAUUGAGCAAGGGCGUGGUGGGCCGUCUGCUGCUGCUGGUGCUGCCGGUCAAGACGACGCUCCAUCGUCGUCAUAUACUGCAUCGCUGGCGCCGCGGGACAAUGAAGAGCCGCAAGGCUUUGGCAGCUUCUCUCCGCAAGGCUCGGACAGCCUCCAACUUUUCCCUCUCCCUCCUGCUCAACCGCAACCGCAAGGCUCGGCAAGCCUCCAUACCUCCGCCCUCCUCCAACCUCUACCGCAAGGCUCGGCAAGCCUCCGAUCCUCCACCGCCCUCCCAGUCCAACCGCAAGGCUCGGCAAGCCUCCGAUCCUCCACUACCCUCCCAAUCCAACCGCAAGGCUCGGCAAGCCUCUUCAGCACUCGCUUCUUUCCGCCGCAAGGCUCGGCAACAAGCCUCCUCAACGCUCUGUCAUCCGCAGAGCAGCCGUCGACCUUGCAAGGUCUUUUGCCUCCCGGUCUGCCGCUCAGCUCUCCCCCAGGCCAUCAGCCUGCUCCCGUGGCUCGCCCGCUUCGCGCGCAGGAGCGCGUGAAUUACACCGGCCUGGCUGGUCCGUCGCGCGACUCGCGCCGCCGACGCUCACCCCAUCAAGCAGACCCCCCGACGGCAUUCGAUGCGGAGCCAGCACCAGCACCAGUACCAGAGCCAACCGCCGCCUCCGCCUCCACCACCUCCCAUGCCCUCGAUGGCCUCCUGGCAGGCAUCGAGGAGCGAGAAAUGCUCGAGCGGGUUGCUUUGCUGGGGGCUCCUCCUGCGGAGCAUGCUCUUCGUGAAGAAGAGUACUUGGCCACCUUGGCCUUUCGGAGGGAGAUGGAGGACUUUAUUCGGGCCAGAGCGCCUCGGCAUUAUUGGAAUCAGUAG